ACACUGUGUUGCUGCAAUGGUCUAUGUUGUGAAAGAGCUGAUGUGAAACAAAUUGGACUUCUGACCCCUUGACUGCAGCUAUAUGAAGUGUGUCGGACCUGACAAUGUUUCAGAAUCAAAAGUGACAGCUACAAUCAGCAAGAGAGUACUCCACUGUAAAACAGUAUCACCAAACUCAACUAAACCAUGAUUCCAUCUAAAGCUUUAACUGUUGGUCUUCUACUUCUUUUUGGAUCUACAUUGUCUGAAGUUAAUGGUAAAGCCAUCUCAAAGAGACAUGUCCGGCGAGACUGGCUGAUCAUACCUGAUGCAAUUGCGUUCUAUGUGUAUGAGUCAGUGAACAAAGUGUCUCCUAAAACUGCUGAAUACUUGGCUCAGGCUGUCCAAAUUCCCUUCAUUCUUGAAACAAGGAACAUCUUGAUAAAAGAAACAUCUAAAAUCAGUGUGCAAUUUGAGGAGCUGGUAGAAAAAGUAUCUGGCUUAUGGAAGAAGGAAGAAGAAAAGACAGCACAACAGUAGGAAUGAACAAACGGUUAACAGCAUUCUCUGUGUUGUGUAUGAUCAUACAUUCAUUGAGAAAAUCAAGAGUGUAGUAUUUGAUAUUGCCAUUAGAGGGAGACGGCAGUCCAAUUCUAACAAAGACGGAGUAUACAAACUUCCCAUAACAUCUAUUGUCGCUUACUACUUCUGUUGUGAAUCACAAACUGUUUCUUUUGUAUUGUAUCACUGUGUGACCCCAGUGUUUACAAAAGGUUCUGUUUGUUCAUAUCUGCUAAUUAAGGGUAAAGCUUCAGCCAUCUGAAAAGGUUAUGCUGCGAAAAAUGUUCCAAUAGGGCUACUCCUCUGGAAGUUGUUCUCACAAAAGUGAAAUUUUAUUUUAUACGACAUCUUUUCUUAUAAAAAGGUUUUAAUGGUUUAUUUGAAAAUUGAUGUUACUGUAAUAAUACAGUUAUCAGACUAAAUAAACAGGGAUAAAAAGUAAGUUUGUGUAAUUUCUAGAAUUCACAGAGUAAAGAAGUGUGCAAAUGGGAACUGGGGAACAAAUUGGAAGUCAUGGUGUCUGUAUGGUUUUUCCGAGAUGAAAAUGAAGCAGAAAUCAUCCAGUGAAUCCACUCUAGUUGGGACUAACCAACAUGUGUUAUCUCCAUAUAACCAAAAUACUAUAUCUAAAGUGCAGCCAAUUUAGAUUUUUUGGGCAGGCACUGUCAUGCUAUUUGCCUCUACUCGUGGCUCUAGGAUCUUUUGUAGCUAAGAACAAAAUAAAUACAUGCUAGAAAAAGAAAAAACAUCAUGUAAUAUAAAUGCUUUAAAUGUGCAAGUAAAUAAAAUACUAACUAAGAAACACUGGUUUCUGUGGAUAAUUGAAGAAUUUCUGGUAUCUGUCACAACAGUACCUAGUUACAGGUGAUAGUUUGUUGUAAGCACAUUGAAUUGUUGUGAGUUUUCCAGGCUGUAUGGCCAUGUUCCAGAAGCAUUCUCUCCUAAUGUUUUGCCCACAUCUGUAGCAGGCAUCCUCAGAGGUUGGGAAGUUUCUUGGAAACUAGGCAAGUGGGGUUUAUAUAUCUGUGGAAUGUCCAGGGAGAGAGAAAAAAACUCUUGUCUGUUUGAGGCAAUUUGAGAACUUAAUUGAGAACACAGAAAUGCUGGACCACACUAACAACUACACAGAGAAGCCAUUGAAAUCCACAAGCAUGUGGACAAUUUCAACAGAAAGGAGGAAACCAUGAAAAUGUACAAAAUCUGGCUACUAGUAUUAAAAAAAACUCCAGAAUCAGGACAGUAAAUAAAGAACAACACUCAGAAGACAGGAGAAUUCCUGACAAGAAACAAUCAGGGCCAGCUAAUACCUCCCAACAAAAGAUUCCCCCAGGCAGGAAGCAGCCAGGCUUUGAAGCUGCAAGAGUAUUCAAUGCUAAUCAAUAUGGCCAUGUUCCAGAAGCACUGUCCCCUGACAUUUUGCCCACAUCUAUGGCAGGCAUCCUCAGAGGUUGUGAGGUAUAUGGAGAAACUAAGCAAGGAAGGUUUAUAUAUAUAUAUCUGUGGAAGGUCCAGGGUGGGGGAAAGAACUUUUGUCUGUUGGAGGCAAGUGUGAAUGUUGUAAUGUCUUUGGUCUCAUUUAGGAGAAAGGCAGGAUAUAAAUUCAAAAUAUUAGAUAGAGAACCAAGGUUUCUAAUUCUCUCUUCAAGAGAGAUCAGGCAGAACAUUUCAUUACCUGAAACCCGUAACUUACUCUAGGUGGUGCAGAUGAGAGGUAGAAUUUGGUGUAUUGCCUUAAUAGAAAAGCCAACACGUCCUCUUAAAUCUACAUAAGAAAAUAGAAUGGCUUAUAAAAUUUGGACAACAUUUUUGUUUAUUCAGUAUGCAAAUACAAAUACAACAAUAAUGGGACCACCAAGCUGAGUCAUUUGUUUUUGGCAAAAUAUUUUUAAAAAUAAAUAGAUACAGUUGUAAUUAGAACAGUAUCUGGAGAAGAAAUAAGAUAUGGAAAAGAAGAGGAUAAACAAAUUAUAAUGAAUUGUAUAUUAGAUUUACAGAAGCUAUAGAAUAACAUUUUCCUCAAGAGCACCAUGCUUAUACAUAGUUUUCAGUUAUACAGUACUGCAUCAUUUUGUUGCACAUGCUCAGUUAUGUAUUAGGGCAUUUUUUGUCUGUGGCAAUUUAAAAAUUAAAAAUGUAUUAUAUUUUC